GUUCGCGCAUGCGUAGUAGUGAGGAGGCGGGGCACGCAGCGGCGCCGAGGCAGGUCUCGCUCCAGGCGCGAGGCUGGCGGCAGUUUCGUCACCAACGGCCUCUUCAGGGUUUUGUGGAUUUAGAGGGUGGCGGUGGCGGUGUAGAGAGGAAUUUCGUGAAAAGGAAAAAACCGGAAGAAAUCCGGCAAUCAAGUAAACCCCCUUUGCCUAUCGUCGCCGAGGGAAGCGGAAACGCUGCCAUCUUGGGAGAGAGGCAAGUGAAUGGCAUAGAGAUAGUAAAAGGAGGAUCUGCAAGGAUUUAAGAAGGCACCAUGGCAGAGCUGGAGAACCUUGAGGUGAUGGUGAAAACCUUGGACUCUCAGACAAGGACUUUCACAGUGGAGGAAGAGAUCACAGUGAAGGAGUUUAAGGAACAUAUUGCAGGUUCUGUCAGCAUCACCUCUGAAAAGCAGCGCCUCAUCUAUCAAGGGAGAGUCCUUCAAGAUGACAAGAAGUUGAAAGAAUACAAUGUUGGAGGCAAAGUCAUCCACUUGGUGGAACGUGCCCCGCCCCAGACGCAGUCGCCCUCUUUGGGGGGUCCUUCCGGAGCUGGCUCGUCCUCUGUCCCUCACAACGGCACAGGCCCCCGGGGGGCAGGCCCCACGGUGCAUGACCGCAACGCCAACAGCUACGUCAUGGUGGGGACCUUCAACUUACCAGUAAGCAUUAUGGAUCCGCAGCCACCCACACAAAGCGAUGGAUCGUCUGUGGAUGUUCAUAUAAAUAUGGACCAGGCUCCCAUACAGAGUGAGCCUCGAGUCCGCCUUGUGAUGGCUCAGCAUAUGCUCCGGGACGUCCAGGGCAUCCUGCACCGGCUGGAGGGCCGCCCCAAUGGCCAAGCCACAUCGGGACCCGAGGAGGCGCCCUCUGCCAGCCCCACCGAACGGGAACCAAUGGAGGGAGCAGAGUCUGAGCCUCCCAGUGAGCCCACACCGGCUGAGGAGCCACCCCCAUCGGGGACCGAGCCCCCCCCGGUCGCUGAGGCUGCUGCGCCCAAUCACCCCUCCCCCAGCGAGUAUGUGGAGGUGCUGGGGGAGCUCCGUGGGGUGGAGAGCAGACUGCAGCCCUUCCUACAGAGAUACGAGGAGAUCCUGGGAACUGCCGGCACUGCGGACUACAACAAUAAUACUGAGGGCCGUGAAGAGGACCAGCGCAUUAUCAACCUGGUGGGGGAGUCGCUGCGCCUCCUGGGUAACACCUUUGUGGCACUGUCCGACCUGCGCUGCAAUCUGUCUUGCAGCGCCCCCCGCCACCUCCAUGUGGUGCGGCCCAUGUCCCACUAUACAGCUCCCAUGGUGCUGCAGCAGGCGGCCAUCCCCAUCCAGAUUAACGUUGGAACCACAGUCACCAUGACAGGCAAUGGGGCUCGUGCGGCCCAGGCCGGCUCAGACAGUUCUGCAGCUCCCCAGGCUGCUCCCACUGCCCAGCCAGGCACUUCCAGUCCUGCAGAAGCCGGGCAGCCAUCCGAGGUCCCGCCUCUUUCCUCCUCCCCAGGGGUCACUCCAACUCAGACGCAGGCCUCCCAGACGGGCCACCCCCGUGUAAUCCGCAUCUCGCAUCAGACAGUUGAACCUGUGGUCAUGAUGCACAUGAAUAUCCAGGAUUCUGGUUCCCAGAUGGGAGGAAGUGGCUCCGGGGGAAUGCCGCCAACAGGACAAGUUGGACAUGCCCAAGGGAUUGGUGGUCCUGCUCACAUGCCACUCCCCAAUCUCCCGCCAGAGUUCAUGCAAGCAGUGGCCCAUCAAAUAACCCAGCAAGCCAUGGCAGCGGCUGCCUCAGCUGCUGCAGGCCAGCAGGUCCCCAGUUUCCAGUCGGCUCCGACACGAGUUGUGAUUGCCAGACCCUCUGCUCCUUCUGUGAGGCCCACUCACCCUGGGUCACCCCAGGCACCAGGACAAGUGGGUCCUGGCCUCGGGGGCAAUGCUUCAUUGGCCCAGAUGAUCAGUGGGCUGGUGGGGCAACUCCUCAUGCAGCCAGUGAUAGUAGCUCAGGGCAGUGGGACCUCCUCCUCUUCCUCCUCCUCUUCCUCCUCUUCCUCUGUCAGUGCCCAAGCGACCUUCAGCACCAGCAAUUCCGCCUCCCCUCCCACAGCCUCAGCCAGUGCUGGCACGACCAACACCGCCACCACCGCUGCAGGAGGCAGUUCGGCCGGUGCCCCGGGCGGGCCCCUCCCCUCCGGCCAGCCCCCUCCAGCGGGCGCCCCGGAGCUCCACUUUUCUCAGCUGCUGGGCAACAUCCUUGGGGCAGCAGGCUCCAGCAUGGCCGGGGGGGCUGGCCUGGGUUCCCCUACCAUCACAGUGGCGAUGCCCGGCGUCCCUGCUUUCCUGCAAGGCAUGACAGACUUCCUUCAGGCAACACAGAUGGGGACGGCUCCCCCCCACCCUCCCGAGCAGGCUCCGCCUCCCCCACCGCCAGCGGCCUCCCCUCCCGCUCCCCAGAGUGGAACGGAGGCGCCAUCGGCUGGGGUGGGAGGCGGGGGUGGGAGCAGCAAUGUUCGUGGCAGUGCCUCGGCGGAUGUUCUGCCGCCGGAAUUCUUCACCAGCGUGGUGCAAGGGGUGCUGUCGUCCAUGAUGGGAUCCCUCAGUGCCCAGCAGGGCAGCACGGAGAGCAUCGCUGACUUCAUCCAGCGCCUGAGCGGCACCAGCAACAUCUUUGAGCCGGGCACAGAGGGGGCCCUGGGCUUCUUUGGAGAUCUGCUCUCUCUGAUCUGCCAGAACUUCUCGAUGGUUGACAUGGUGAUGUUGCUGCACGGGCAGUUCCAGCCGUUGCAGCGGAUCCAGCCCCAGCUUAGCCGCUUCUUCCGAGAGGAAUACCUCCGUGGCCAGGAGCCCGCUGAGCGCAAUGUUCGGAUGGCAACGUACAAUUUGAUCAAUGGCUUGGAGGAAUAUAUCAACGACAGUUUUCUGAUCUCUUCUGGUUUUGCCCAGGCCUCUGUCCGAGUCCACGAUGGUGUCGACAUCACCCGCACCAACCUGGAGUUCCUGCAGGAGCAGUUCAACCACAUUGCCAUGCACAUCCUGCACUGCACAGAUAACACGUUUGGGUAUCGGCUGCUGGAGCUCUGUAACCAGGGCCUGUUUGAGUGCCUGGCGCUGAACCUCUACUGCUUGCGGGGGGAGCAGACAGCCCUGACAGCUGUGAUCAAUGACCGCAUUAGGCGGAUGUCAGCAGACAUAAACCCCUCCUUGGUGAGCUGGCUCACCACCAUGAUGAGUAUGCGGUUGCAGGUCAUCCUGGAGCACAUGCCCGUCACAGAGGAACAAAUCUUGCAAUAUGUCCGCAGGGUGGGCGACCCCCCACAGCCUGUACCUGAAGAGCCAAUGGAACUCCAGGCUGCAGAGCAGCCUUCUGAAACCCUGCAGCGUGACAGCGCAGCAUCCCCGGCCCCAGCCACGACGGCAGAGGAAGCCAUGCCCCAGCAGCACGGGGAGCCAGAGCAUGAGGAGCCGCAGCAAGGCGAGCCCCCGGCCCCAGACACCGAGCCCUGGGCUGCUGCUGUCCCCCCUGAGUGGGUGCCCAUCAUCCGGGAGGACAUCCAGAGCCAGCGCAAGCUCAAGCAGCAGCCUCCCCUCAGCGACGCCUACCUGAGCGGCAUGCCUGCUAAACGGCGCAAGACCAUGCAGGGUGAUGGUCCUCAGCUGCUUCUGUCGGAGGCAGUCAACAAAGCUGCCAAAGUAGCCGGUGUGAAGCCUCUGACGAGCACCGAGAGCCUGAGCAGAGACCUUGCGGAGCCAGCAUUGCAGGAAGGCUACCGACAGCAGCUGAAAUCUGAUCUGCAGAAGCGGCUGCAAGCUGAUCCUAGCUUCACUGCCCAGAGAUUCCCUAAUGCCCAGCAAGCCUUUGUGGCUGAGGACUUGUAAUGGCUGCUAUCCAAAGCCUCCUGGAUGGGAGGCGCACUCUCUGGGGCUUGCCUCUAUCUUUUUGUGCACAAUGCAGACAGCCACUCCCUUCUCAGGCCAAAUAUUUAAGUUCCUUCCCAUGUAUUUCCCCACCCCCACCCUAACCUCUGGUUGCUGUGACCUUUCUCCCCCAGUGGAGUGCUCAAGUUGCUGCUGAAUCAGUAAAUAAAGCCACUUGUCCAGG